UUCGUUCUGAAUUUUCGUUCAGUACGAGGUAUUGUGUAUCCGAAAAUUUGCAAUGGCCCCUAAAGCGAGUGGUAAAGCAGUAAAGAAGGCUGGUAAAGCCCAGAAAAACGUCGCUAAGACCGACAAGAAGAAGAGGCGCAAGAGGAAGGAAAGCUAUGCUAUCUACAUUUACAAAGUCUUGAAACAAGUUCACCCUGAUACUGGAGUCUCCAGCAAGGCGAUGAGCAUUAUGAACAGCUUCGUUAAUGACCUUUUCGAACGUAUUGCAGCUGAAUCGUCCCGCUUGGCUCAUUACAAUAAGAGGUCGACCAUCACAUCUCGGGAGAUCCAAACUGCUGUCAGGCUAAUUCUUCCUGGUGAACUCGCUAAGCACGCCGUCUCUGAAGGUACCAAGGCUGUUACGAAAUACACCAGCUCUAAGUAAAUUACUUAACAUUUUGCUGAACAAUCGGCCCUUUUCAGGGCCACA